AUGCUGGCGCACUACAUAACGGAGGGGCUGCUGUGUGUGCCGCGCGUCAUCGCCUCGCACCACCUGUUGCUCAACCCACUGGGCCUGCUGCACAGCGUGCGAGCCGCCUGCCGCAACCUGCUGCUGCCGCACGGGCUGCUGCUGGGCGUGGGGCGUGGCGGGCUGGCAGCGUGGCACCACGUGUCGCAGUGGACCGUGGCGUCUCUCUCUGGCUUCUCCUCCAGUGUUGGCCGGCUCGUCAGGUGCGCGUACCUUGGAGAAAGGGGGGGUGGAAGCAGAGGCUUGGUAGGGGAGGGGGGGCAUAGAAACGGCACUGGUGGUGCACAUGGGAACAGAAGAGGUGCGGCUGGUGGUAGUGCUAACCAGUGCAGGACAAGUGGUGGUGGUUGUGCUGCUGCUACGGGCAGCAGUGGCGGAGGCAGAGGGGGUGGGGGCGUGCAUGGCAGCAUGGGGCUGGCUGUGGGGCACCACCGCUUCGGGCACAGCGAGAGUGGCGCUGGGAAUGAGGUGAGGCGGCAGCAUGGGGCGGCAGCAGCACAGCAUAUGACCGGGUCCACGAGGGCUCGCUCCACCGGCAGUGCAGCAGAGGCGGAUGGCGCUGGGGUGGAGGGGGCAGGGGCGCUACUUGCUGCUGAGGGCAGGGAGGCCGGUGCUGCCACCUCCACUGGGGAGGCAGGCAGUGGGCGAGGCAUGGGGGGCAGCACCACUGGCAGGGAGGGCCGAUGCAGGGAGGGCGAGGGGCGGCAGGUGUCGCUGGUGUGGCAGGUGCAGCAGAGGGGCGUGCGCUGUGCUGCCAGCCGCUUCAUGCCUCCCCUGUGGCCACCGCGCCCCCAAGCCUUCUGCACACUCGCUGCAUGCUCGUGUAACCACAUGGACACGUUCACUGUCCCCCACCACAUGGACACGUUCACUGUCCCCCACCACAUGGACACGUUCACUGUCCCCCACCACAUGGACACGUUCACUGUCCCCCACCACAUGGACACGUUCACUGUCCCCCACCACAUGGACACGUUCACUGUCCCCCACCACAUGGACACGUUCACUGUCCCCCACCACAUGGACACGUUCACUGUCCCCCACCACAUGGACACGUUCACUGUCCCCCACCACAUGGACACGUUCACUGUCCCCCACCACAUGGACACGUUCACUGUCCCCGACCACCCCUGGCAUCUCUUAUUCUGCAGCGCUGGCCAGCACUCUCACUGCCCAUGUCUCAUUCUGCAUUCUCUGCCCGUGUUUUGUCUGCCUGUGUCUCAUCCGCCUGUGCCCGUGGAGCGAGGCGGUGAGAGGCGAGGGCGUGACAAGGGUAGUAGCACGGCACAGGGUGUGGUAGGUGGGAGAGGUGGAGGCGGGGAGGCAGACGCUGUGAGAACAGCGGAGGUGCAAGGGGGAGCGGAGGUGCAAGGGGGAGCGGAGCACGCAGACUCGACGAUAGGCGAGCAGGUGUACUGCCAGGUGGGAGAGGCAGCACACAUCCAGCUCGUGCCUCUGCUGCUCACACAGGUGCCUCGCUCUGCCCCCCGUUGA